UAGGUAUAUACUGUGUGUCCUCCUUGCACUCAGAUCAUGGAGAUGGCUGCGAAGGGUGUGAAACAGGUAACUCUGGAGCUUGGAGGUAAAUCUCCCCUCAUUAUUUUCAAAGACUGUGAGCUGGAGAAUGCUGUGAGGGGAGCACUCAUGGCAAACUUCCUCACACAGGGACAGGUUUGCUGCAAUGGAACCAGAGUGUUUGUGCAAAGAGAUAUCAUGCCCAAGUUCCUGGAAGAAGUGGUGAGGAGAACCAAGGCCAUCCCUAUUGGUGACCCCCUGUUGGAGAGCACCCGCAUGGGAGCACUGAUCAGCAAGCCACAGCUGGAGAAAGUGCUGGGAUAUGUCAGUCAGGCCAAGAAGGAGGGUGCUAGAGUACUGUGUGGGGGAGAACCUUUUGUCCCCAGUGACCCUAAACUAAAAGGAGGCUACUUCAUGUCACCCUGUGUACUUGAUAACUGCAAAGAUGACAUGACCUGUGUGAAGGAAGAGAUCUUUGGCCCAGUCAUGUCUGUCUUGCCUUUUGACACAGAGGAAGAAGUGAUCCAGAGGGCUAACAACACCACCUUUGGACUGGCCUCUGGGGUCUUCACCAGGUCAGCAGUGGACACAGUACACUUGGAUUUGUCAUUACUCAAUAUUAGUAUGAAGGACACUGAGACUUGUUCACCUAUUCUGGAAUUGUCAAUAGCCAGCUCCUCUCAACCUAGCUAG